AUGAGUCAAGAGAUAGCACUUGAUCCAUGUGAAAAUAUAUUUUGUGGUAGUGGACAAUGUGGUAUUCAAGAUGGUGAGGGUACAUGUUUCGAAAAUGGUGAUCUACCAACUCAAGAUCCAUGUUCAACUUUAGUUUGCCCAGAUGGAUCGACUUGUACAAAGUUUGGAAUCUCUGCCAAAUGUGUAGUUGAAAGUGGUGAGCCACUUCUUCCUGGUACCAGCGUUGGUGGUGAUUUCACAGGCGAUUUCACAACUGAGAAUUCUUUUACUGGCACUACCGGUUCUUUAACUGCAUUUCCAAUUGCUGAUAGUGAAAAUAUUUUCACUACUGGAGAACUUACAUUAGCCCUGACCAGUACAAGUGGUAGACCUAUUACCGAUGGUGUUACAGAAGCAUCCACUGGUUUUACUAUAUCAUCCACAGGCCCUAUUCCACCAAGCCAAGGAUCAACAUUUGGUGGUACUUCAUCCGGUACUGGAAGAGGUGAUCCAUGCGAUCAUAUACAAUGUGUUGAAGGUUCAUUCUGUACAAAUAUUGAUGGAGUAGCAAAAUGUUUAACCUUUGAAGAAGUAACUGUUGUUGCAACCUCUGGUGGCAGUACUAUAAGCAGCAGUAGCAGUAGCAGUAGCAGUAGCAGUAGCAGUAGCAGUAGCAGUAGCAGUAGCAGUAGCAGUAGCAGUAGCAGUAGCAGUAGCAGUAGCAGUGGUAGUGGUAGUGGUAGUAGUGGAGGUGAUCCAUGUAAAAAUGUCCAAUGUAAAGAUGGAAAGGUAUGUGCCAAUUUUGCGGGAACCGUUCAGUGUUUAGAUCCAAGCUCGUUGACCUUUGGACAACAUGGUAAAGAUGAUAGUGUUUGUGACAAUGGAAAGAGAUGUCUCCUCGGAUUCAAAUGUUUGAUGGUCAACAACGUUGCAACUUGUGUUCCAAGAAACGGAUCUCCACUCUGCGGUGGAAGAUUAUGUCAAGUCGGUGAAACCUGUGCCAAUUUGAAUGGAAGAGAAGUAUGCAUACCAGUCUCAUCGACAUCAGGUGGAAGUGGAAAUACCUGUGCUACUUACAGAUGUCCACCAGACUACCAUUGUAAAUCACUCCGAGGAAUACCAACAUGUUUCCCAUCGAAAUUUGAAAGCAAAUGUCACAAAUUCCAAUGUCCAAUCGGAACGAAUUGCACAGAGAUCAAUUGUGUCCCAACAUGUAUCCCAAUAAAGCCAGACAAUCAUUGUAAAGGAGUAUCGUGUCAAAAGCAUGAGAUGUGUUGUCAACCAAAGCCAGAGCUCCCUCCAAGAUGUUUAGAUAAAUGUAUUUUCAAGAAUUGUCCAAAAUGGAUGAAAUGUACUCAUGAUCAAAGCGGAGAGCCUCACUGUGAACAUUUAAUCGAUUGA